AUGACGCUUCACCCUCCGGUCGGACAGGAGGCGUUGAAUGCACUGCACUGGGCCGCCAAGCAUGGAAACCUGGACGUCAUCAAGUUGAUCGCCGGGGCCUACCAGGUCAAUCCCAACAUAAGAUCGGGUCUGACUCCACUCCAUUUGGCCGUGCAGUUUGGACAUGACGAAGUCCGUGAUUUGCUGAUCCGCGUCUAUGGCGCCGACCCUGACAUUCGAGAUUUCAGUGGCAAAAAGCCAGAGCACUACAAUCGUCCCCGCAGUAAUUCAGCAUCCACGGAAACCAUCCACAAAAUCAAGUCGAGGAAGAAGAGCUCGGAAAAAGACCUCGGCUUCUUGCGGAUUGGUUCUCUGAAUGUGAGAGUGAAGAGAACCACGGAGGCCUUCAGCAACUUCUUCCACAAUCAGCACAACACCGAUCGUAUUCACAAAACCUGGGGAUCUGCCGACAACAUUCAAGAGCCUGACCAGAAUACAAUGCCUCCUCCGAAGACGCUGCCCAAGAGCAGCUCAAAGCGACGCCGCCCCCGCCGCUCCCCGUCAGCCGCCUCCAUUCAGGUGGUGAGCAAACCUGUGCCUGUGUCACUACCUAUUUCCGCCGUCAGCCUCGAACACAUCAACCUUAAGUCCAGCCAGCAGCCAAACCGUCACCAUCACGACUCCGAUUCAGACACAGCUGCCGGCUUCGGCGACAGCUGGAAGUGAACCAACGUUGCUUAGCAUAUAUGAAUAAUAUGAAUUAUCUUAAGGCCUCAGUGCUAAAGACAGAUUGUUAUUCCCAAAACAAAAUUUCCACUUGAUACAGUAUUUGUAUUUUACCCCACUGUGACAAAACUUCCAUUCCAAAAGAAGUUGAUAAGUAUUUUAUACAUUGGGAAAGUUAAUAAAUUUU